GCCAGCAUGUGCAGCCCGCUGGAGCGGCGCCUGGCCGGGCUGCGGGCUCUGCUGGGGGGCGAGGGGGCGGCGGGCCUGGAGGGGCUGCUCGACCUCCUGCUCUGCGUCCACCAGGAAUGCAGCGCCGCCCCGCUGCGCCGCGAGAGGAGCGUCCAGCAGUUUCUGGAGUGGGGUGACCUCCCCGUGGUUUCCCGGGUGAAACAGCUGAGUUUGCGUCGUGACGACUUCGAGAUCCUGAAGGUGAUCGGGAGAGGAGCCUUUGGGGAGGUGGCCGUCGUGCGAAUGAAGCAGCGGAGGAAAUCUACGCCACUGAGAGUCUGACACAAGUGGGAAAUGCUGAAGAGAACCGAGACGGCCUGUUUCCGAGAGGAGCGGGAUGUCCUCGUGCAUGGAGAUCGACAGUGGAUUACCACGCUGCAUUACGCCUUCCAGGACGAGCACUAUCUGUACCUGGUGAUGGAUUAUUACGCCGGAGGAGACCUACUCACUCUGCUGAGGAAGUUUGAGGACCGGCUGCCAGAAGACAUGGCCUGUUUCUACCUGGCGGAGAUGGUCCUGGCCAUCCAUUCCCUCCAUUCCCUCCAAUACAUCCACAGGGACAUCAAGCCCGACAAUAUCCUGAUUGACACCAGCGGGCACAUCCGCCUAGCGGACUUUGGUUCCUGCCUUCGCCUGGCUCCGGACGGCACGGCGGAGUCAUCGGUGGUGGUGGGCACCCCCGAUUACGUCUCCCCAGAGAUCCUGCAAGCCAUGGAGAACCGCAAGGGCAAAUACGGCCCCGAGUGCGACUGGUGGUCACUGGGCGUCUGCAUGUACGAGCUUCUUUUCGGGGAAAAGCCUUUCCACGCCGAGUCCCUGGUGGAGACCUACGGCAAAAUCAUGAACCACGAGGACCACCUGCAGUUUCCUCUGCAUAUCACCGACGUCUCAGAGAGUGCCAAGGACCUGAUCCGCAAGCUCUUGUGCCGCCAAGAAGUCCGCCUGGGCCAGAAGGGCAUCGAGGACUUCACGCGCCACCCCUUCUUCGAGCGCAUCGCCUGGGAGGACCUCCGCAACAGCCCUCCCCCCUUGGUCCCCAAGGUAGCCAGUCCGGCCGACACUUCCAACUUCGAUGUCGACGACGACACCCUCAAAGAAGCGGAGACGCUUCCACCAAUUUCCCACGCUACGUUCUCAGCCCAUCACCUCCCCUUCGUUGGAUUCACCUACACCUCCGGGAUGUGUGAAAAUGUGGAGCCAAACAGAGGAGGCCAAGCAGCCACGAGCAGCAGCUGCAGCCCGUGGCCUCCCAGUGACCAGGUGGAUUCUCGGGGCAACGACGGCUUGCACCCCGGACCAGGGAGCUGCACCUCCGAAUCCCACAAAGCCACCUUGGCCAACUGGGGGAGUGAGAUCGACAACGUUUUGAAGGGCGUGAGCAAUAUGAAGAAGGCCUUUGGGCGCCUGGAGGCCAUGGCAACUGAAACGAUGGAGGAGAUGGAGGCCCUGAAGCGGUUAGCGGCGCAGAGUCCGGGCCCCAACACUCCGCAGGUCUCGGAUUCCAGUCCCCCGUCCAGCCCAAGGAGCACCAGCACCACAUGA